AUGGUGCGCAUGAACGUACUCUCCGAUGCCCUUAACAGUAUCAACAACGCAGAGAAGCGUGGAAAGCGACAGGUUCUCAUUCGACCUGCCUCCAAGGUAUGUCAUCUUGUCUUUGUGUUCUGUCAAAUAUUCUGUGAAUUAAAAUUCAAGCAUAGCGGUCUCUGUCAAGCGGUUUUUUCUCUGAAAUUUGGCAGAGAAGUCAUGACACAUGAUAUUCUAAUAAACUUCAAUUUGACCUUACAGGUUAUUGUCCGAUUUUUGACUGUGAUGAUGCGACACGGAUAUAUCGGAGAGUUUGAAAUUGUCGAUGAUCACCGUGCUGGCAAGAUCGUCGUGAAUCUCAAUGGCCGACUCAACAAGUGCUCUGUUAUUUCCCCGCGAUUUGACAUCAAGAUUAAGGUU